UCGGUCUUGCUUCGCCAAAAAAAAAAUUUACAUUAAAAAUCGUAAAAUUCUACGAAAACUUACAAGUGCAGGCAAUCGGCUAGGCUGUUGAACGCCCAAACACUCCCAAACGUCGCCAUCACCACAGUUGCACUACUAACACACCGAAGCUAGCACAACCAGCGUGCAUUGGCUGAUGGUGUAAGCAGAAACGAUCGAACGACUCGACGACCGCCAAAGGAAGUGCCCUCCGCCCGCCCACGCCAGCAGCAGAAGCAGCCGUAGUAGGCAACGACAAUAACAAAUUGUAACACAACCUUCAGGCCACUUGGCAGUAGUCAGCAAAAGGCAUCAAACAACAAAUUUUCAAUUAUGGACGUGUUCCUCAUGAUCAGAAGGCAUAAGACAACCAUCUUUACGGAUGCUAAGGAAAACACAUCAGUUAUUGAACUGAAACGCAUGAUCGAAGGCAUUUUGAAAGUGUUGCCUAGCGAUCAGCGGUUAUUCAAUCAGGACAACGACGUCAUGGAGGAUGAUCAAACGUUGCAGGACUACGGCGUUACGGUAUCAACAGCAAAGGCUCAAGCCCCAGCACAAUUGGGCCUAAUAUGCAGGAACGAAUCGGGCGAUUUCGAGACGCUGGAUAUCACGCCCUAUUCAGCACCGCCUGACUUACCAGAAGUGAUGAAAAAUCAAGAGGCCUCAAAUGGACAAGAACAAGUGGCAUAAGAUCAACAGCAACAGUAACAUAAAAAUCAGCAACAGCAACAACAAUUAAAAAAACAAUAAAAAUUAACAACAAGAGCAGUUACCAUUUGGACAUCGCUGCUGCUGUCGCAUGCGAGACACCACUAAAUUGCUGAGAGUCAAAUUUACUAUCGCUCGCUUGUCCCACACAACACAGUCAACAAAACUCUCUCGAUGCAAUGCUAAAUGUUUCGAAUUGUACUACAGUUUCUUCUCUGCCUGGUCACACAACAACAACAUCAUCAACAACAAAAAUAACAAACAGCAACAAUAGCUAAUUAUGUAUGCAUUUUUUCGUCGGUUAUAGCAAGGAACAAUUUAA